AUAGACAAAAUCAUUAGCCUUUUGGGCACACCGACUACAAAAAUUUGGCCUGAACUUGAAUCGAUGCCGCUGUUGGAAAAUUUUACGUUAAAAACACAACCUUUCAACAACGUCAAGGUGGUGUUCGAAUCAGCUUCAGUAUCAGCGAUUGAUCUGCUGAAUGCGUUAUUUAUGUACGAUCCCAAAAAGCGUAUCAGCGCAGCAGAUGCGCUAGCACAUCCUUUCUUUACGGAACGACCAUUGCCGUGUGAUCCAGUUUUAAUACCUUCGCUACCCCCAACCUACACGAAGAAAAGGAAGCGAGACGAAUCUCCACAGCGAUGA